GACCGGAAAGCGGAAGCGCGGCGGCGUUUUUUUCCCCGUCUGUUGGCGGAGCCCCGGCACCAUAGAGAGCGGCGGCGGGGGCGGGAGAAGGGCUAGAGCGGCUCCCUCCGGGGUCGGCGAGCGAACGGGAGUGGCGACGAGCCAGCGGGGGUGGGCGAGGGUGGCACCCCCGGGGCCGUUUGGGCUGAGGUUGGGGCCAGGCCCGGCGGCGGGGAGCGCUGUGGGGAUCAGGCCCCGGUUUGGGGUGGGGGGGGGAGGCCUCCAGCAGCCCCCCCGGUUGUGGUUUUUAUUGGGGGGGGGGGGGGGGGGAGCAACGUUAGGGGCAAAACCGGCAUCAACCCCUCAAACCUCCCCCCCUCGUUUUGAGUGUUGAAGCGAAGGGAAGGGAAGUGCCCCCCCCCCGGGGUGGGGGGGGAAGAGGGAAGCGGCACCCCAAAGUCUUGGUGGCGACUGGGUGGGGACUGGGCGCCCUUUUGGGUUUGAGCUGGUGGGUUGAGAGGGAGCUCAGGGAUUUGGGAGGAGGAGGAGGAGGAGGGUCCCUCCUCUUCAUCAUCAUCCCCCCACCCCUUGAUGGCGGCCACGGCGGUUUUAGGGGACGGGGUCCCCUCGGGGGGUCCCGGCGGGCGGCUGAACCCGGUGGAGACGCUGCAGGAGGAAGCCAUCUGCGCCAUCUGCUUGGACUAUUUCGUGGACCCCGUCUCCAUCGGGUGCGGGCACAACUUCUGCCGCGUCUGCAUCUCGCAGCUGUGGGGCGGCGAGGCCGAGUACGAGGCGGCCGCCCCGGCGGGGGCCGUGGCGGUGGGCGACGUCCUGGAGGAGGAUCUGGAGGAUGAGGAGGACGAGCUGGAGGAGGACGAGCUGGAUGUGGAGCAAGAGGAGGAGGAGGAGGAGGAGGAGGAGGAAGGCGGCGGGGAGGAAGAGGAGGAGGAGGAGGAGGACGACAUGUGGAGCGAGGAGGAAGACGAAGGCGACCUGUGGGAAGACCCCGUGGAGGAGGACAUGUGGGACGGGGGGGUGGGGGGCGAGCUUUACUUUGGGGACGAGGACUAUGACGAGGACGUGAUGGAGGAAGACGUGGAGGAAGAGGAGGAGGUGGAAGAGGAGGAAGAAGAGGUCCAGACGCCUCCUCCCCCGGUCCUGGCCACGCGGCCUCGACGCCUCCAAACCUUCACCUGCCCCCAGUGCCGAAAAACCUUUUUCCAGAGGAAUUUUCGCCCCAACCUCCAGCUGGCCAACAUGGUGCAAAUCAUCCGCCAGCUCCACCCGCACCCCCAGCGCCUCGCCCCGCCGGCCGCUGGCCCCUCGGUGUCGGGAGCCGUGCCGGGGGUGCCGGGGGUGCUGGUAGCCGUGGGGGGUCAGGCCCCCCCAAAUUUAUGCGAGAAGCACCAGGAGCCCCUCAAGCUUUUCUGUGAGGUGGACGAGCAAGCCAUCUGCGUGGUGUGCCGGGAGUCGCGGAGCCACAAGCACCACAGCGUCGUCCCCCUCGAGGAGGUGGUGCAGGAUUACAAGAACAAACUCCAGAGCCACCUGGAGCCGCUGAAGAAGAAGCUGGACGCGGUCCUGAAGCAGAAAUCCAACGAGGAGGAGAAAAUCACGGAGCUGAGGGACAAGAUGAAGCUGGAGAUUAAGGAAUUCGAGUCGGACUUUGAGCUGCUGCACCAAUUCCUCAUCGGGGAGCAAGUCCUGCUCUUGCACCAGCUGGAGGAACGCUACGAGAGCUUGUUGGCCCGUCAGAGCAGCAACAUCAGCCAGCUGGAAGAGCAGAGCGCGGCCCUCAGCCGCCUCAUCGCCGAGGCGGAGGACAAGAGCAAACAGGACGGGCUGCAACUGCUCAAGGACAUCAAAGGCACUUUUAUCAGAUGCGAGAACAUCAAAUUCCAGGAGCCCGAGAUGGUGCCGGUGGACGUGGGGAAAAAAUAUCGCAACUACUUUCUGCAGGACGUGGUGAUGAGGAAGAUGGAGAAAGUCUUCAGCAAAGUCCCGCAAGCCGACGUGACCCUGGACCCCGACACGGCCCACCCGCGCCUGAGCCUCUCCGUGGAUCGCCGCAGCGUGAAGCUGGGCGAACGCCGCCAGGAUCUGCCGGACAACCCGAAACGUUUCGAUUCGGAUUAUUGCGUCUUGGGUUCGCAGGGUUUCAGCGCCGGGCGCCAUUACUGGGAGGUCGAAGUGGGCGGCCGGCGAGGUUGGGCGGUGGGCGCCGCCCGCGAGACGGCUCGGCGCAAAGAGAAAACGGUGGGUCCUCACCAAAAACGGGAAAUCUGGUGCGUGGGCACCAACGGGAAGAAAUACCAGGCUUUGACGGCCACGGAGCAGACGGCGCUGUCGCCCAGCGAACGGCCCCGGCGCUUCGGCGUCUACCUGGACUACGAGCGGGGCCAACUCUGCUUCUACAACGCCGAGAGCAUGACCCACAUCCACACCUUCAACGCUUCCUUCCACGAGCGCAUCUUCCCUUUUUUUCGCAUUUUAGCCAAGGGCACCCGCAUCAAAAUCUGCGCCUGACCGGCCGGGCCUCGCCUCUCCAGAUCCGGCCUUGCACAGAGCCACGCUCCUUCCCCUCCCUCAACCCCCCGGAUCCCACUUGGGGACCCAACGCUGCACUCGUCUUCUUGCACCCGCUUGCUCACAAAACCUCUUCCCUCAACCUCCUGGGAUCUCACCGAUCCCAACGUGGUUUGGUUCUGAAUAGGGAAGAAUCCGCCUUGGAAAGGUGGGAAUUUUUUUUUUUUUUUUUCAAUUUUUUAUUUUUUUUUAUUUUUUUUUUCCCCGGCUCUUGCUGCUAGGAAGCUCCUCUCUCCUUCCCCCCCCCCCCCCCCCCCCGGCUUGACACCCAAAGUUUUGCGCCCACAGUUGAGUUUUGAGGUGCCUCUUGGCUCCCUUAGGACACAGACCUCCCAACUUGGGGGGCGGCGGGGGGGGUGUGAAACUGGACAUCAAGGUGCGAGCGCUCGUCGCUCCUCCAAACCCCCACUGUCAUCUUUCCCCAAAAAAUCAUUUUUCCCCCCCAUCCAGGUUGCGCCUGGAUUUCUCAGGCUUCACCUUCAACCCCCAGCUGCUGUUGGGACCUGGAGUCAAACCUGCUUUAACCUGCAAUUUUUCUCAUCUUUUUCUUUUUUUUUUCCAUUAGUGGGGGUUCUCAAAUUUCCUAACCCCCCCCCCCCCCCCAAUUCCUUUCGGAACCAUUUUCUGUGGGUCUGGCACUUUACUGGGGGCCGAGGAGGGUGCAAAGAGCUGGUCUCCUCCCCAGAGCCGCCCCGGCCCGGCCGCGGGGGCAGGAACCAGCCUCCCAUUUCCCCUUGCAGCUCGAGAGCUCUCCGAGAUGGGGAUAUUUAUUUUUCUCUCCCUUUUUUUUGUUGAGAUUCCAGCUGAAUCCUGUCCCACUCGAGAGACUCUGACUGUACCCAUUGUGGUGGUUUUUUUUUGUUUUGUUGGUGGAUUGGUAUUUUUUUUUUUUCCCGUUGGCGUUACAGAGCUAGUUCAAAAUAUUUUUGGCUAAAAUGAGAAUUAAAUGGAGAUUUAGUUUUAUGAAAUGUCAAGAAAUAAUAAUAAUAAUAAAGAAUAAGGUUGUAAA